AUGGCACAAGAAACAAAAAUGCUACCUUCUUUAUCUAGUCUUCUAUCGGGAAAUGAGACCUCGUCUAGUCCCGUAUCACCUAGUCUCGCUAAUCCUAGAACAAAUUUUCACCUGGAUGAUCGUGGAACCAUAAAAUUGCCGCCGCUGAACACCAGCAUCAGCCGUCCAAGAUCUGUGGAAAGUGCCUUGAGGCAUACAGUUACAUCCUUGCAUGAAAAUGGCAGCCCUUAUGGCGAUGACAUGCUCAAGCACACGCAAUCAGACUCUGCUCUAUCAUCUCAAUUGAGUAGUUCGCAAGAAACAGUUGAUGAAUCGCUUGAAAACCUCCCACUGACUCCGCUAAAUAGCAAAAAGAGAGAUUAUUCAGUUUCUUCAAAGAAAAACGACAUAUUAACACCACUCUCUGCAGCGAAAUCGAUUAUUAUCCCCUCUGCCUCCAAGGAAAAAAGACGUGCAUUCGCCUUCAUCACGCACUCACAAGAGACCUUCCCCAAGAAGGAACCUAAGAUCGACAACGCUCCACUGGCACGCCGAAAGAGAAGAAGAACCUCGUCCCAGGAAUUAUCUAUCCUUCAGGCUGAAUUUGAAAAAUGUCCUGCUCCAUCGAAGGAGAAACGGAUUGAGUUAGCUGACUCUUGCCAUAUGACUGAAAAAGCCGUUCAAAUAUGGUUCCAGAAUAAAAGACAAGCGGUUAAAAGGCAGAGAAUCGCCACUUCUAAAUCAACAACUAUAAUACAAACGGUACCUCCACCAUCUCCGCCUCUGGAUGUUCAUGUUACGCCACUAGCAUCCAAAGUCAAGGCGGAGGUACUUCGUGAUCAAGGCUCAUAUUGCCGUUCUUCAUCUUCACCGCUGGAAAACACGCCGCCAAGACCCCACCAUUCUUUAAAUAGGCGCUCAUCUACACCAAACAUAAAGAGAAGCCAGGCUUUAACUUUUCACCUAAACCCACAAAAGAAGACAUUGACUCCAGUGAAAACGUCUCCUAAUAGCAGAGUAAACAAAUUGAUCAACAGUAUAGAUCAUUCUCCAUCCAAAGUCAAACGUCCGGUAGGCAACCCUUCCUGCUCCCCUAAAAGAAAAAGAAAAUUCGGGUUCAAGAUCGUCGAUCAGCAACCGUUGAAAGAUCUUGAUCCAAAUGCGUUCCGUGGUUGA